AUGGACGACUCGAUAGAUACAAGUGUGUUGAACGAAGGAAUUAUAUUUUCCUAUAAUGAUGAUGCAUCUGACGAUGACGAUUCUUAUUUAGCACCAUCCUUGAUGCCCGACCCGUGGGAGUUAUUUAAAGGCACGCAAGUAUCUGGUGACGCCGACUUUAGACCUUCUCCCCCGGUUGUUACGAGGAUGAACACAAUGGAUGCUGAUAGGAAUGCAAAGAAAGAACAAACGGCGAACGAUAAGCAGAUUAUGGACAUAAUAGAAAGAGAAAUAGCGGAAGAACUUGGGGAGGAUGAAGAAGAGAAAAGCUCAAAAAAUAUUGUCUGCGACCAGGAAAUAAUUGUAAAUCCAAAUAUAGAUCUACCAGAAGACGACGAGGUGGUAUUACCCAGAAACGAGUAUAGCGGUUCACCGUUAUACAGAGAUAUAAGAAACCAGAUAAGAACAGAUCCCAUUCGAUCGUGUGAAGAAACAGAGCUAAUCUUUGAAGAAAUGCUUUCAGAGGGUGUUGAGCCUUUGCCAAUAGAUCAACACUCGAAGAGCCCACAACACAACCCUUAUUAUUACAGUAUUGACAACUCUCCCAAUCAUGUUUCUCGUAUGAGUAAUGCUUUCGAGGAUAAUGAGUUGUCUGUCAUCUCCAAUCCACCAUCUCCUACGUCUCCUCGUGAUCCUGAACGCGAUGUUCCGGCAAUGAGUGAAGAGACAGAAGAAAGCUAUGAUGGAGCGAUGUAUAGAUUUGAGACGGAUCCGGAAUGGCAGGAUGAAGUAGGUUUGAUGUGUAGUGAAGGAGACGGGAGCAUGUAUGCGGACGAUGAGGGGAUGGAUCCCAUGGAGAAUCAGUAA